CCCAACUCCUGUUACGGGCCAGUCGAGAGCCAGCAACCGAUUUAUUCCCGUGAAACAGAAUAGCCGGGGGAGGCAGUGCAGCGAGACAUCACAGUUCUUGCUCCAGGGGAUAAUUCAUAAGAAGUCGAGUCUCCGCGACUAGGACUAGAAUCGUGCAGUAAAUCUUCUUUAUCUGAGGAACACUAGCAACCGAUGACUCGGAUAUGGAGUAUCCUGAAUCCCUCGAUCUCAACAAACUCAACCCCAUCAGCCCGCAGGACCUGCACUCUGCCGAUGGCACCGAUCCCGCCCGUCCGACCCUAUUUGCCAUCAAGGGGAUAGUCUUCGACGUGAGCCGGAAUCCCGCUUUCGCGCCCGGGGGUUGUUAUCACGAAUAUGCGGGAAAGGACCCCUCGCGUGCACUGGCUCGUUCAUCCUUCCACACGUCGUCUUGUGCAGCUGAGUUCCACCAUCUUGGGGAGCAAGAGCAGACGAUUCUUAAUGAGUGGUUUGAGUUCUAUAGGAAGCGAUACAGGAUUGUGGGGAAAGUGUCAUGUGACAGCCAGGGCGAUCAGUCUUGCUGCGAGAGUCUGAUUCGAGAUGAUAAUAUAUUUUGA